AGGAGGAGCUGGAAGGCGAACACCCGAGUGAUCAACUCUGCGAGUAUAAAAAGGCAGCACCACAAUAUGUUAUUUCUAAUACAAGGGAGACCUGUCUUUGUGGAUGUGAAUCAUGCUUUGUCUCUGACAUGGCACCUAUUCCUGCCAAAAGAACACAAACUCUUCAUGCUGGAUGGACAGGUGGACACAAACUUCUGACAGCCAAAGGAAGAAAGUGCAGACUUGAAGACAUACAGGAUCUCAAAUUCUUGGUUCUGCUACUUCCUGUCAAAAAUGCAUUUGCAAGACUGUUUUACAACCAGUCUGCCUGAUUGAAAAGAACAUUUAAGGAAAGAGCUUUUUUGUGAGCCAAGAUGAACAACUCCGACCAACCCAACAGUCUAGACAUUAACCUGACAGUGCUUGCAAGCAACCUUACGCUGCCUACCAUCAAGACUAAACUGUCAACCUGCGAACAAGUGGUCAUCGCUGUUGAAGUCUUUCUUAUACUUGGCAUUGUAAGCCUUCUUGAAAACAUCCUGGUCAUCUGUGCCAUAAUUAAGAACAAGAACUUGCAUUCGCCUAUGUAUUUCUUUGUGUGCAGCUUAGCUGUGGCCGAUAUGCUGGUCAGUGUGUCAAAUGCCUGGGAGACCAUCACUAUAUAUUUGCUAAACAAUAGACACCUCAUUAUUGAAGAUGUUUUUGUACGUCACAUAGACAAUGUUUUUGACUCAAUGAUAUGUAUCUCUGUAGUGGCUUCCAUGUGCAGUUUGCUAGCUAUAGCAGUGGACAGGUACAUCACUAUCUUUUAUGCCCUCCGUUAUCACAAUAUCAUGACCGUGAAAAGAUCGGGGCUCAUAAUUGCAUGCAUCUGGACUUUUUGCAUAGGUUGUGGUAUCAUCUUCAUCCUCUAUUAUGAAUCCAAGUAUGUCAUCAUGUGUCUCAUUACAAUGUUCUUCACUAUGUUGUUUCUCAUGGUAUCUCUGUACAUACACAUGUUCCUUUUGGCUCGUACCCAUGUCAAGAGGAUAGCAGCUCUGCCGGGAUAUAAUUCGGUUCAUCAGAGGACUAGUAUGAAAGGUGCCAUAACUCUGACUAUGCUACUUGGCAUCUUCAUAGUUUGCUGGGCUCCAUUUUUCCUCCAUCUUAUCCUCAUGAUCUCCUGCCCGCAGAAUCUUUACUGUGUUUGCUUCAUGUCUCACUUCAACAUGUAUCUCAUCCUCAUCAUGUGCAAUUCAAUUAUUGAUCCCUUGAUCUAUGCCUUUCGAAGCCAGGAAAUGAGAAAGACUUUUAAGGAGAUCAUCUGCUGCUAUAGUAUAAGCCUGGUCUGUGGACUGCCCAGCAAAUAUUAGGAAACACACAUUCAAGGAGCUCUAAAUGUUGUUGGGUUGAAGCUCCCCUCAUUCUUUCACCAUUACCUAGGCUGGCUAGGGUUGAUGAACAUUGGGAAUCAGACAACAUUUGGGCAGCUACACGUUGCCCAUCGCUGCUCUAAAAACAAGGCUGAAUGUACUAACAGAGGUGUGUAUGUGUAAGAGAAAAAAAUAAGUUAUAUCAUUCCAAUUUAUUUCUUUAUUUUUAUAACUAGUAAUUGUGAAUAUUAUCUUUGCACUUCAUGAAGUACAGAUACAAAUACAAGCCGAUAUUUCAGAUUUUUCUGACUGAUCUUUAGUUAUGACCACUUUUGCGUAAUUGACAAGUGCGGAGUUUCCUUUGCUGUUUGUUACACUUUUGUGUGUGACUGUAAUUAAUAUUAUGUGAGAAAUGUAAUUUGCAAAUGUCAAGUUUCCUAUGCCUCAGUGAGGAUGUCUUCAGAAUGUCCUUAUGUACAUGUACGUACAUAUUAGUAAAAGACAAAACAUGGGAACAUCACAACUGACUAAUGUAACUGAAAUAUUUUCUUUUGUGAUGUUUUUAUUUGUGUCCAUUUCACUGUGCCUGUUACUUGACUGUAGAAAUUUGAAUAACAUGCUUGUGGGGACAGAAGUAUUGAAAGUAAUAACUAGGGGAAUAGAUGCAGUUGCUAAUGAAAAAAGAGUUGUGGCUAUAGUCUGUGGGUUUUAGAGCAGUGGUUCUUAAUCUGUGGCCCAGCAGUGGGCUGCGAGAAUAAAAAUCCUGUCUGUACCCUCCUUCCUCUUUAUUUUAUUUUAUUUAUUUUAUUUCCAAUCCUUUCCACAGAGCUGACCAUUGCAUUGGAUAGAUCACAUCAGAUGUAGGUUAUUAAAUAUGGUUUUCUGUGGGUGAGCAGAUGGUGACUACUGAAUGGUAUAUGGUCUAUAUCAGAAACUAGACCUGAUGUGGUCUAUCUAAUGCAAUUUUCUGAAUCAGCACCCUAAAUAACUAAACCAAAUCGAAAGUUGACCAAAAACUGAUUUGUAACCCUAUUGGUGCUACUGUUAGAGAAUGGUCUCUGGUCAAAGUGGUCCCCGGUCAAGUGGGCCCUGGUCAAAAAAAGGUUGCGAACCACUGGUUUACAGCAAUUACUGGAGUGCCAUACAAUGACAAUGACCCAAGUGGGUGAGUCCAGCCACAACUCUUUUCAUGGCAUAUUAUUGGUGACCAAUUUUCGGGGGAACAGUGCACUGAUGCAAUGCUGCUUAUCAAUGUUGUGUGCCUUCAAGUUGUUUUUGCCUUAUGGCAACCCUAAGGAGACCCUAUCACUGGUGUUUCUUGGCAAAAUUUAUUUAGAGAAGGGUUGCCUUUAUUUUCCUCUGAUGCUGAAAGUGACUGACUUACUCAAGGUCACUCAGUGGUUUUCCUUGGCUGAAUUGGGAUUUGAACUAUGUCCUCCAGAGUUAUCUAUCAAACUGCUAUACCUUACUGCCUCUCUGUUUCCAAGCUGGCAAAUACUUUUUGAAAUAGACAACUGUCUUCUGCAGCAUCUCCUUGUCACGUAAGAAAUACAGCUUUAAUUUUUGCAAUACAAAUAUAUGAUGUUGUUUCAGCA